UUCCAAACAAGAAACGGAGCUACUCUCCCUAUAAAUUCGCAAUCCCUUUCUCUCUCUUCAGAUCCCAAAACCAAACAACAACCACUUGCCCAUUAAUCUCUCUCUCUCUCUCUCUCGCUCGCUCGCUCGCUCGCUCUGGAACUCAACUCUCUUCUCAAUCCGCCAUGUCUAACCAAGCUGAAUCCUCCGAUUCUAAGGGAACCAAGAGGGAUUUUAGUACUGCGAUUUUGGAGCGUAAGAAGGCACCGAAUAGGCUCGUUGUUGAUGAGGCCGUAAACGAUGACAACUCAGUUGUGUCUCUUCACCCGGAUACCAUGGAGAAGCUCCAGCUCUUUCGCGGUGACACGAUCUUGGUUAAGGGAAAGAAAAGAAGAGAUACUGUCUGCAUUGCCCUUGCAGAUGACACAUGUGAUGAACCAAAAAUUAGAAUGAAUAAGGUUGUGAGAUCGAACUUAAGGGUUAGGCUCGGGGAUGUUGUUUCUGUUCACCAAUGCCCUGAUGUUAAAUAUGGAAAGCGUGUCCACAUACUGCCAAUAGACGACACUGUUGAAGGAGUUACUGGGAAUCUCUUUGAUGCAUAUCUAAAACCUUAUUUCCUCGAAGCAUACCGCCCAGUUAGAAAGGGUGAUCUCUUCCUUGUCAGAGGAGGGAUGCGAAGCGUUGAGUUCAAAGUUAUUGAGACUGAUCCUCCUGAGUAUUGUGUAGUUGCUCCAGACACAGAAAUCUUCUGUGAGGGGGAGCCAGUUAGGAGAGAGGAUGAAGAUAGACUGGAUGAGGUUGGCUACGAUGAUGUUGGUGGUGUUAGGAAACAGAUGGCUCAGAUAAGAGAACUGGUUGAGCUCCCAUUGAGGCAUCCACAGCUUUUUAAGUCAAUCGGUGUGAAGCCACCAAAAGGAAUUCUGCUUUAUGGACCUCCCGGUUCUGGGAAGACUCUGAUUGCCCGUGCUGUUGCUAAUGAAACUGGUGCUUUCUUCUUCUGUAUCAAUGGGCCUGAGAUCAUGUCCAAAUUGGCUGGGGAGAGUGAAAGCAACCUCAGGAAAGCAUUCGAGGAAGCAGAGAAGAAUGCACCGUCCAUUAUUUUUAUUGAUGAGAUUGAUUCAAUUGCUCCCAAGAGAGAGAAGACACAUGGAGAAGUGGAAAGAAGGAUUGUCUCCCAGCUCUUAACACUCAUGGAUGGACUGAAAUCUCGUGCGCAUGUUAUUGUUAUUGGGGCCACAAAUCGGCCCAACAGUAUUGACCCAGCUCUCAGAAGGUUUGGCAGGUUUGAUAGGGAAAUAGAUAUUGGUGUUCCUGAUGAAAUUGGACGUCUUGAAGUUCUUCGAAUUCAUACAAAGAACAUGAAGCUUGCCGAAGAUGUGGAUUUGGAAAGAAUUUCUAAAGAUACACAUGGCUAUGUUGGUGCUGAUCUUGCUGCUUUAUGUACCGAGGCUGCUCUUCAAUGCAUCAGGGAGAAGAUGGAUGUCAUUGACUUAGAAGAUGAGUCAAUAGAUGCCGAGGUGCUCAAUUCUAUGGCAGUGACAAAUGAACACUUUCAGGCUGCUCUUGGAACAAGCAAUCCUUCUGCCCUGCGUGAAACUGUUGUCGAGGUACCUAAUGUCAGCUGGGAAGAUAUUGGAGGUCUUGAGAAUGUUAAAAGGGAGCUUCAGGAGACUGUCCAAUACCCAGUGGAGCAUCCUGAGAAAUUCGAGAAGUUUGGAAUGUCACCCUCAAAGGGAGUCCUCUUCUAUGGACCUCCUGGGUGUGGGAAAACACUUCUUGCUAAGGCUAUUGCCAAUGAAUGCCAGGCAAAUUUCAUAAGUGUUAAGGGUCCGGAAUUACUUACUAUGUGGUUUGGAGAAAGUGAGGCAAAUGUACGAGAAAUUUUUGAUAAGGCUCGGCAAUCUGCUCCUUGUGUCUUAUUCUUUGAUGAGCUUGACUCAAUUGCUACUCAGAGAGGAAGCAGUGUUGGAGAUGCUGGAGGUGCAGCGGACAGGGUUUUGAACCAACUUUUGACAGAAAUGGAUGGCAUGUCUGCAAAGAAAACUGUGUUCAUUAUUGGUGCAACCAACAGACCAGACAUUAUUGACCCUGCACUUCUCCGCCCAGGCCGUCUUGAUCAGUUGAUUUAUAUUCCUCUUCCUGACGAGGAAUCUCGUCAUCAAAUUUUCAAGUCCUGCUUGAGGAAAUCUCCAGUCUCCAAAGAUGUUGACCUCAGAGCUCUUGCAAAAUACACUCAAGGCUUCAGUGGUGCAGAUAUUACUGAAAUAUGUCAACGUGCAUGCAAAUAUGCCAUACGAGAGAACAUUGAGAAAGACAUUGAGAGGGAAAGGAAGAGAAGGGAUAACCCUGAGGCUAUGGAGGAAGAUGUUGAAGACGAUGUGGCGGAGAUCAAGGCAGCACAUUUUGAAGAAUCCAUGAAGUAUGCUAGGAGGAGUGUGAGUGAUGCAGACAUCCGCAAAUACCAGGCAUUUGCCCAAACAUUGCAGCAAUCAAGAGGUUUUGGAACUGAGUUCCGGUUUGCUGAGUCUGGAUCAGGAGGUGCAGCCGGAUCUGAUCCAUUUGCAGCACCGGCAGGUGGAGCUGAAGAAGAUGAUCUUUACAGUUAAAUUUCUUAAUUUGGCACAAGAUAAUAUUUCAGUUCUAUUUGUGUAUUUUUUGGGUAAAAGAUUAUAUGUACUUUUGUUGUAUGAUGAUGUGGUAAACGUCUGGAUACCAAGGAAUUGAGGUCUGGGCCACUGGAGUCCUGCUUUCUCUUUUGGAGGUUAUAAUGGAUGAACUUUAAACCUUAGAAGAUCUAAAUUUUAGUUGUCUGACAUUAUUGGAAGCUUUUCUACGAUAUGUUAUUGGAUGCUGGAUUUCAUAAUAUGUAAUUCAUAUCCCCUUCCUUCC